AUGCCGACCCAGAAAGAACUAGAAUCCCCUAGUGCUGAGGAUUGUUCACAAGCCGAAGCAUAUAAUCCAGAAGGAGUUUUUGCCAUUCAAGUUGGUAUGCUACGCAGCCAUUUCUACUACCGUCUAAGACUCGUGGCAGGGAUAUCGCAUCCUUGGGGCUAUAUAAAAGUUAUUAAACGUUUCCCUCGGCAUUUUGCUGAGAUAUACAAAUAUGCACCCAAUGAGUCUAAACAUUUACCAUUAUUUGAGGAUCUUCAUCGGGCCUACGCGGUGCUUCGCAUGUGGUACCACCUAGAUACAGAAAACAAGAAGACCAAGCUGCGUUGGGCGCCAAGCAAGGAGCAAUGCCGACCUGCUCUUACAAUACAUUACCUUGACAGUUAUGAACCCCCUAAAAAGGAGUUAACCGACGUAGCUAAACUGGCUACCAAAAAUCCCGUACCUGAGAACCAGGCGAAAGAGAAGGAGUACCGUCAUCGAUCAGAUCAGGAAUUGAAGAAGAAGAAUGAUUAUUAUCGAUAUUUUAUGAACAGACAUCUGAAGUCAACAGAGGAUGAUAUGUUUAAUAAAAUUCUUUCCAGCGAAGUCCACAGACAUUACCUUUGA